GCGACGCAACGCAAGUGAAGUGAUGAUGGUGACCCAUACAAGGGUACCAGAGGCAAAGUUGAGCUGCAAAGCCAAGUAGCUGCAAGCCAGGAUACAGCGCACACAGCCUCGGAUAUGAAUAUGCACCGAUGGUCGUCCACUUUUGUUUUUAGACACAUCGUCUGGCGGACGAUUUAGUGCAAACUUGCAGUUAGUUGUCGUAGCAGCGACCUGCUGGCGUGAGAGAUUCCUGAGCUGCUUGGGGAGCUAGCUUCCAGGCUAGUUCACACCAAGCAAGGACUUAGCCGAGCAGCUAAGGAGGCUUUUAACACUGCAUCAACUCGGUUGGACUUUUUCCAUUCUGGGAUUCCUUGAUUUGGACAUUUUUGUAUCGGAUCGGAGCUCAUGGACCUGACGGCAAAGUGAGCGUAGCGUGGCUGGAGAUAAGGGAUUAGUGGCGGCUCUGUGGAGCUAGCCCCGCGGAUCAGCCUGCUACCAGCCCCGCACUUCCCCCACUCCUCCCCGAGCCGGCUAGCCACGUUAGCCCGGUACAUAACAUGAGAAAACCGUCCACGUUUUGUGAAGCUGCGUGGUUCGCCGUGUUAAACUGAUGUAUGAGGACUCCACAUUUGGGUUGUAAGAUCUCUCUAAAGGAGGUCAAGCUCGAUAGAGGGGAUGGAUGAGCAGAAAUCAAACUGCGAAGAGAAUGACUCGGAACCAACAGCUGAUGACGGUGCCCCUGCAAAGCAGUCUCUCAAAUCUGGGGAGGAGUCGGAGACGAUUCCUCUUGAGGAUGACAAGUCUGGCGCUACGCCCGCCAUGUCCAGCACAUUGGUGGAGAGUACGAGGGCCUGUGCACUCUGUAACUGUGUAGAGCGCAGCCUUCAUGGACAACGGGAACUCCGACACUUUAGGCCAUCUUCCGAUCCGCCGACCCUGGAACCCACCGCCUCUUCCCUCCCAGGGCCUGGGAACGAUGACCUGUCUUCCAUCGGAUUCUCCGACUCCUCUUGCCUCGCAGCACUCUUUGACGACUCGGGGGGAUGUUGGGUCCAUCACUGGUGUGCAGUGUGGUCGGAGGGAGUGAAGCGGUUGGAGAAUGACCAACUGGAGGAUGUAGACACGGUUGUUAUCUCAGGGACACAACGGCAUUGUGAAUACUGUAAGCGGCUGGGCGCGACGAUACGAUGCCAUGCUGAGGGCUGCUCCCGGUUCUACCACUUCCCCUGCUCGGCAGCCAGUGGCUCCUUUCUGUCCAUGAAGAAGCUUGCGCUCCUGUGUUCAGAGCACAUGGACAAGGCAGAAGAGUUGGUGGGUGAGGAGGCCUGGUGUGCAGUCUGCGACUCUGCAGGGGACCUUCUGGACCUGCUGUUCUGUACCGGUUGUGGGCAGCAUUACCACGCCGCCUGUCUUGAGAUCGGAGCCACGCCCAUCCAGCGGACGGGCUGGCAGUGCCCGGAGUGUAAAGUGUGCCAGACUUGCAGAAAUCCAGGGGAAGACACAAAGAUGUUGGUCUGCGAUGCCUGUGAUAAGGGCUACCACACCUUCUGCCUCCAGCCAGCCAUGGAAACCCUCCCCUCUGACCCUUGGAAAUGCAGGAGGUGCCGAGUGUGCUCAGAGUGUGGCGUCCGUGGGCCAGCGCUCCCAGGCUCCACCCAGUGGUUUGAUAACUACGCUGUGUGUGAGGACUGCCAGCAGCAGCGGAGCUCCAAAUGUGCUGUGUGCAGUAAAGCGGCCUCCCCAUCUGUCACCUUGCAGAGCUGCAGCCUGUGCCACAGGCAUGUGCACAGUGAAUGUGCAUUGGCGGCUGCAGAGUCUACAGGAGAUAAGUACACCUGUCUGCUCUGUAAGGAGGCUCCGCCUCCGCUGGACCCAGCAGAGACCCGGGCGGGAGAGGCCUCGGAGGAGGACAACGCGGUAAUAAAGAUGUCAACCGAGCCGUCGGAUGAACCAGUGGUCGCAAAGGAACGCACAACCACGUCUGCAGAGGGGUUGAUGGUUGGAGCGGAGGCCGUAGAGGACGAGACGCCCAUGGAGUUGGGGUCUGAAGCCGACGCUGUUGAGAAGGUAGAGGUGGAGGAGAGCAGUAAGAAGGUGGAGCAGCAGCAGCAGCCCGAAUCGGAGGAGGUCAUCUCAGAACAGCCCGCUGCUCCGGCUACAGAAUGUGGGGGAUCAGAACAGGAGGCCACUUGUGCUCCCGCUGUAGAAGAGACGGCAGGGCAGUCGGAGAGCCGUCAGUCCCCAGCCUCUCCUCCCCAGGCCGGGACCCAUUCUACCGAGUCUCCCGUGAGGCCCACACCGGACUCACAGCAGGGCCCUGGGGAGCUGGAGGGGCCUGCGAUGCAGGGAGGGGACACCCGCGCUGAACAGAGAACCAUCUCCACCACGGCCCCACCAUCCAAUCAGGCUCCAUCAACAUCCACACCUGAAGAGGAGGAAGAGGAGGAAGAGGAGGAUGAGGAGGAUUCUGAACCCAUGGCAGUCGACCGGGAGGACCAGAAGAAGCCGGAUCCAUGUCUGGGAUCCAGCCCUCCUUCCCCCGCCUCACCUCGGCCCCCCUCUGCUCCAGCCGACACCCAGGGCUGCCCCUCUGCCGACGAGGCAGACUGCAGAGCACUGCCUCAGUCAGAGGAGGAGGAGGACGAGGAGGAGGACGAGGAGGAAGAGGAGGAUGACGACGAGGACGGCGGCGAGCCGAUGAAGUGUCUCCGGGUGAAGAUCAAGCAGGAGCCGGUGGAGCGGCAGGUGAAGGUGGAGCUGCUGGACGAGGCCUCCAACAUGAGCCCCGGCGACGGGAGCAGCAGUGGCUUCCUGGGGUCCCCGGCGGAGCCCGACCCCCAGGACUUCUGCCUGCUGCCGGCGCGCCGCUCCCGCGCAGACUCCCUGCUCACCGAGACGGACGACUCGCUGCCCUUUGAGCCGCAUAAAUGUGACGGCGAGAAGCUGCGGCGGAGAGGGUCCCCCGGGCGCUCGCGGAUCAAACAGGGGCGGGGUAGCGGUUUCCCAGGGAAGCGGCGACCUCGUGGUGGUGGUGGUGGAGGAGCUGGAGCAGGGCGGGGGCGCGGUGGGAGGUCACGCCUCAAAGCCAUGGCCUCCUGCAUUGACGCCUUCCUGCUGAGCAUGACCGAAGAGACUGGACACAAUAAGGAAGAGGGAGGCGAGGUAGAAGAGGAAGACGAGGCCAUGCAGAACACCGUGGUGCUCUUCUCAAACACUGAUAAAUUUGUCUUGCUCCAGGACAUGUGUGUCGUGUGUGGCAGUUUUGGGAAGGGAGCCGAGGGACAGCUGUUGGCCUGUGCUCAGUGUGCACAGUGUUACCAUCCAUACUGCGUAAACAGCAAGAUCACCAAGAUGAUGCUCCGUAAGGGCUGGCGCUGCUUGGAGUGCAUCGUGUGCGAGGUGUGCGGGAAGGCCUCGGACCCGUCGCGCCUGCUGCUAUGCGACGACUGCGACGUCAGCUACCACACCUACUGCCUGGACCCGCCCCUGCACACGGUCCCCAAGGGCGGCUGGAAGUGUAAAUGGUGUGUGAGCUGCGUGCAGUGCGCCUCCCACUCGCCCGGCUUCCACUGCGAGUGGCAGAACAACUACACCCACUGCGGCCCCUGUGCCAGCCUGGUCACCUGCCCCGUCUGCCGGGAGAACUUCAUGGAGGAGGAGCUCCUGCUGCAGUGUCAGCACUGCGACCGAUGGGUCCAUGCCGUGUGUGAGAGUCUGUACACGGAGGACGAGGUAGAGCAGGCCUCCGAUGAGGGCUUUGCGUGCACUUCCUGCACUCCCUACGUCCCCAAGCCCGUAGUGGUGGAGUCGGCCAUCAUGGCCUCCAUGAAGAUCAAGGAGCCAGAGCCCCAGUUCUACCGGCUGGAGGGCGUGUGGCUGACGGAGUCGGGCAUGUCCCUGCUGCGCAGCAUCUCCAUGUCCCCGUUGCACAAGAGGAGGCAGCGGCGCUCCCGCCUCGGAGGCCUCUGUGGGGACGGCGGAGACGGCCUGGAGCUCAAAGAGGGCGACGGCGGCGACGGCGACGAGGGCAAAGGGGAGCCGAUGGACUGUGAGACUAAGAUGGAGCCACCGGGGACCCCCGAGAGAGAGCUGGGAGCGGAGGGCAGCGGUGAGGGCCUGGGCUACUGUGACGGAGUCAAGGGAGGUGCAGAGGAGACGGAGGACGGCAAGAAAAGGAAGAGGAAACCCUACCGACCUGGGAUCGGGGGCUUCAUGGUGCGGCAGAGAAAAUGUCACACGAGGAUCAAGAAAGGAUUCUUCGCCCAGCUGGCUGGAGAGACCACUUUAGACGGACAGCCAUUGGAAAGAACUAUCGAAGAGGGUCCCCAUCCCGACACGGACAACAUCAUGGACCCCAAGCCAGCCGAGGGCGAGGAGCAGAAGAAACGCCGGGGGCGAAAGAAGAGCAAACUGGAGGACAUGUUCCCUGCAUAUCUCCAGGAGGCGUUCUUUGGCAAGACACUCAUUGACAUGAGUAAGAAGGCGGUGGUGAUACCUCCGGUCCAGAGGCCAGGAAUGUGCCCGUCUCGACCCCCGGAGCCGGCCUUACCCGGCCUCAUCCCUCCAGUCCAAGAGGCUGAAGCCCAGCACGGGAUGACCGAGGCGACUCUGCCUCUCAAGCGCGAGGUGGUGGACACACCCCUGUCUCAGGGAGAGGGAGCAAGAGUUUCUACGCCUUCCUCGUCGGUGAAGGACCAGGCCUCCUCCGAUCCUCACGGCUCCGAUGCAGAGAAAAGUGACGGUCUUCCUCAAGGCAUGGAGAGCCAAGAUUCGGAGCAGUUCUUCCGCAGGGUGCUGGGGGUGUCCGAUGGCUCCACUCUGGAGGGCAUGAAGCCCAUCUUAGAGGGCAGUAAAGGAGAGCUCAACCGCAACGCGUUGCAACAGAGACCUCUCCUCUCAGGUUCCCUGCCCUCAGCUGGAGUGAUGGACACCUUCCCUGGCCUUGCCCAGUCUCCAUUCUUUGACAUGCGGGACCGUGGGGGGCUCUUCAGUCCAGACGGUGGAGAGGAAAGCCCCUGGGCCACGCCCUCGACUCCGGCCACCCCUUCCACGCCACCCACCCCCACCGAGGUAGAGGGCGACGGGCUCUCCUACAACCAGCGCAGCCUCCAGCGCUGGGAGAAGGACGAGGAGCUGGGGGAGCUGUCCACCAUCUCCCCCGUGCUCUACGCCAACACCAACUUCCCCACGCUCAAGCAGGACUACCCAGACUGGGCGAGUCGCUGCAAACAGAUCAUGAAGAUCUGGAGGAAGGUUUCUGCGGCUGACAAGGUUCCAUUUCUGCAAAAGGCCAAAGAUAAUCGAGCAUCUCAGCGCAUCAACAAGGCACAGAAGCAGGCGGAGAGCCAGGUGUGCCGGCCAAUCAAGACAGAACCAGGACGAGUGAAGGGCGAGCGGCCAAGCCUCCACCUCCAGAUCCCUCCCCCCUCGGGCUCCGCCUCCACCCCGUCCCAGCCCAGCUCCGCGGAGAGCCCCUUCCCUUUCCCUCCGAUCCACGGCUCCUCUUCCGCCUUUUUCCCGGACGGGCCCCCGAAGACGCCGGGCUCUGCCGAGAUCCGGACGGAUCCGUUUGCCAAGCUGCCUCCUCAGUCCCCGCGCGCCCACUCCCAGCCCUCCACCCCCUUCUCCCAGGCCGGGACCAGCCCCUCGCAGGCCAACUCCUCAGGUUACCCUCCUCCUGGCCCGCACGGUCCACCUCAGGGACGGCCGGCCCCCGGCCCCUUCGACAUGCAACCAGGCACCCCUGGCACUCCCCGGCGGGCCCAGCAGGUAGAUCCCUAUUUCAGAUCGCAAUUGCAGCAGCAGCAGCAGCAGCAUCAGCAGCAGCUGCUGCAGCAGCAGCAACAACAUCAGCAGCAGAGUCAACAGCUUCAGAUGCAACAAGGCUCUCUGGAGUCCUUAGGACCUCCACAAAGUCCUCAUUCAAGGGCUGGUGGACCCGGGGAGCCGCUCUUCUCUCCUCCGCACACCCCCCACUAUGGGGAUCCCUUCCGAUGCCAGCCGGGGAUGGGCCGCCCGGAAUAUGGCUCAUCUUCCUCCCCCUCGGCGAUGGCCGCCUCGCCUUCGGGCCCGGGGCAGUACCGGGCUGAUAUGAACGCGCCUUCACCCCGCUCCUCCUCGAUGGGGCGGAUCGAUUUGGCCACGGGCUCCCCUGCAGGAGUUCUGGAGUCCGGGGAUGGUUUGUUUAAGGCCCCGCUGAUGCCACGGAUGCACCCAGGGGAAGGCGGGCCGCUCCACCCCGGAGCUUCCCCCAAUCACCCCUCGGAGGCCUACAGGCAGUCCCCCUCCAACCCCUUCUCCGACCCCUACGGCCAGCCUCCCCUCACUCCAAGACCUCAGUCGGGAGACGGCUGCUCCCCCGUGCCCCAAAGGCACGCCGUGGUCCAACACGAGACCUGCCCCCGGGUGCCGUCGAGCCCUCAGUCCCAAGGCAGCGCCCCGUCGCCCCUCACCCCCGGGGGCCUGUCAAACGACACCUUCUCAGUCCAGUCUCCUGGCGCCAAUCGCUUCCAGUCUCCCGACAGCUACUCCCGACCGCCGUCUCGGCCCCAAUCCAGAGACCCUUUUGCCGCCCUCCACAAGCCCCCGCGGCCCGCCUCCGCCGCCCCCGACGGCGUGCCGAGCUACAGAGGUUCCCCUCACCCUAACCAGCCGCCCCCCGCAUCCCCCACCUCCAACCCCAACGGGGAUCACAUCUCCGGGAACACCUCGGCACCCCCUCCUUUUAGCCGCAGCCUUAGCACCUCCACCUACCAGAUGACCCAGCAGCAGCAGGCUCAGAUGUCCCAGCAGCAGCAGGCUCAGAUGACCCAGCAGCAGCAGGCUCAGAUGUCCCAGCAGCAGCAGGCUCAGAUGUCCCAGCAGCAGCAGGCUCAGAUGUCCCAGCAACAACAGGCUCAGAUGUCCCAGCAGCAGCAGGCUCAGAUGUCCCAGCAACAACAGGCUCAGAUGUCCCAGCAGCAGCAGGCUCAGAUGUCCCAGCAACAACAGGCUCAGAUGUCCCAGCAGCAGGCUCAGAUGUCCCAGCAGCAGCAGGCUCUGAUGUCCCAGCAACAGGCUCAGAUGUCCCAGCAACAGGCUCAGAUGUCCCAGCAACAGGCUCAGAUGUCCCAGCAACAGGCUCAGAUGUCCCAGCAGCAGGCUCAGAUGAACCAGCCUCAACUCCAGCUGCAGCAGCAUGUCCAGCAGCAAGCCAUGGCAGCAGAUGGUUUCAACCCCAGGCUUUCUUCCGGGUCCCAUGACCCAACAUCUGUCCGCCCUCCGGAAUCGCCCCAGCAACCAGCGAUGCCUGUGAGCCAAGACAUGCCAGAGGUGCUGGAUCCUGCGUUGGUGGGCCUCAGCCCAUCCGAGUUGGAGAAGCAUCGACAGCGGCAGAAACUGAGAGAUUUCUUAAUCAAGCAACAAGUCCUAAGGGGCGUGCGGCACGCGAAGCCGGCUGCCGCUCCCGCCAGCAACCCCGCCGCUGGCUGGCAUGGAGGAGACCUGGCACAGUCCCACAAGGCCCCACCGCCUUAUCCACAGGACCGUGUGGCUGCUGCUAUAUCCGGACCCCAGGCUGCUAUGGCCAGGAAGAUGCCAAUGGCUAUUGGGGGCAUGGAGGAAAAGCUCCUCUGCCCACAAGCUCUGGAAACCCCUGGCGUUUUGGAUCCCAAUGCAAUGAGACAACCCGGACCCGGCAACCCUCAAGCCAUGUAUGGCCGUCCACCGUUCCCUCCUCAGUGGCAGGGUCAGGCGUCCGGCCCCCGGAGGUUCCCACCGCCUGGCAUGGAGUCCAUGCCCCCCCGGCAUCACCUCAACCCUGCCGUCAAUAUGCAGGCCAUGCAGGGGAUGGUGAACCCCCGUGGCAUGAUGGCCGGGCCCGGAGAGGCCAUGCAGCCAAUGGGGCAGGGACCCCCACCGCAGUUCAUCGAGUUAAGGCACAACGCUCAGAGGUUGCCCCUCGGACCCCAUUUCAUGCUCAGAGGGCCACAGGCCAGACCCCGUCUCUGCCCUCCCCAACAGGACCUCGCAGCGCCUUAUGUGCAGCAACAUACCAUGCAGGUCGACCGGGCUGGCGACUCACAGAUGGGGCUGCAGCAGGGAGGACUAUCGAUGUUGAUGCCCACUUGCCCUGCAACGCAACAAGGCCAGCAUCCGCAACAAACAAUCGCUCACUCGUCCAACCAUCCUGGAUCACAGCAACAGCAGCAACAACCGCAGCAGCAACAACAACAGCAGCAGCAGCAGCAGCAGCAGCAGCAGCAGCAGCAGCAUCAUCCUCCACAGCCUAGCAUAGGGCCUCAGGUUGACCCGAGCGUCGACCUGCCUGAACCUGACCUGGAGGGCCUUUCGGACGCCCCUGGGGAUGGCGGUGUGGAGGACGACGACCUGGCCCUCGACCUGGACCCUGACAAAGGAGAUGACGACCUGGGUAACCUUGACAAUCUAGAAACCAAUGACCCACACCUUGACGAUCUGCUGAACAGUGACGAGUUUGAUCUGCUGGCCUACACUGACCCCGAGCUAGACCAAGGGGACCCAAAAGACGUGUUCUCGGACCAGCUCCGCUUGGUGGAGGCGGAGAGCGAGGCGCCUACUGCCUCUGGCUCUGCUGACAUCAAGGUGGAGCAGAAACCCAAGCUGGAGCCUGGACAGGUUUCAGAUACGUCGGCCUCAUCAGCUCUUCACGCUCCCCCCUCAGAGACGGCCAGCACCUCCAAAAUCAAACUGGAGGACCGAGGCCUAAUGCCACAGCAUCAGGACGGACAGAUGGUCAUCAAAGACGAGAUGGGAGAGGCCGUAUCCAUGUUACUGGGUGGAACGGGUGCAUCAGGCAAGCAAACACAACCGCAGGCUCCGUCUGCCUCUCUCAGCUCUGUUCGCUUAGGGGGAAUAUCCUACCCUCUCCCGGGUCAAGGCGAUCCCCUCUCAUUCCCUCCGUCCACCCCACACCCAGACCUGGGGGCGGACCCACUGGGGCUGCCCGAUGUCGGGGGUCACACCUCUCCUUCUGUAGACAUGGCCAAGGUAGAGAGCUCUUUAGACGGGGAGUUGCCUCUUCUCAUACAGGAUCUACUGGAGCAUGAGAAGAAGGAGCAGCAGAAGCAACAACAGCAGCAGCAGCAGCAGCAGCAACAUCAGCAGCAGCUCAGCUCCAUGCACCAGGCAGGCAUGCCCAGCCACAUGCAGGGCAUGCCCGGUCAACAGCCCAACCCGCAGGCCCCUCCUGGCGCCCUGAUGCUGCAGCAGCAGCACCACCACCGUCCGCCUCCCCAAGUCAUGAUGGGCCAGCCGGGAAUGGGUCCGCGGCCCAUGCACGCCAUGCAGCCCCAGCACCAGCAGCAGAGGUUCAUGGGACCGGGAAUGGCUCCUCCACCUCACAUGGCUCAGCAGCAGGCCAUGAUGAGGCUGGGUCAGCCUGGGGGCAUGCACCCCGGGAUGAAUCACCAACCACAACAGCAACCCCAGAUGGGCAAACAGCCCCCCAUGGCCAAUAACUUCUUCCCAAACAAAGAUUUGGAUACAUUUGCUUCAGAUGACAACAUGGAUCCCAUUGCAAAAGCCAAGAUGGUGGCGCUAAAGGGCAUCAAGAGAGUGUUGGCACAAGAUCCACUCGGUGUCCCACCUGGGAUCAACAGACAACAAGUGUCUCUGCUGGCCCAGAGGUUGGCCUCUGCCCCAGGAGCCGAUCAACUUGGGCAGGCUGUCCCGGGAUCAUCCAAGGAGGGAGAAACCAGUACGCCUCUCCAGACAAGACCCAAUCCCCCGCAGUUUACUCAAGGAAUAAUCAAUGACGCCGAGCAGCAGCAGUACGAGGAGUGGCUCAUCCACACCCAGCAGCUGCUCCAGAUGCAGUUGAAGUUCUUAGAAGAACAGAUCGGCGCUCACCGGAAGUCCCGCAAGGCCCUCUGCGCCAAGCAGCGCACGGCCAAGAAGGCCGGGAGGGAGUUUGCCGAGACCGACGCAGAGAAACUCAAACUGGUGACCGAAGAACAGAGCAAGAUCCAGAAGCAGCUGGACCAGGUCCGCAAGCAGCAGAAGGAGCACACUAACCUCAUCGCCGAGUACAAAAGCAAACAGCAGCAGCACCAGCAGGGCUCUGGCUUAUUGAAGCCCGGCCCCUCUGCACUGGCCCCUCCUCACAUGCUCUCCAAGAUGCCUGGCCAGAUGAUGAUGGGCCAGCCGCCUGGCAUGAUGCCCCAGGGGCAGCCCUUCAUGGCCGGGGCUCCCCCCCAGAACCCCGGGGUCCUUGGUCCCCGGCCCCCGGGUCCUCCGGGCGCCCCCGCGGGCUAUUUCCCCCAGGGGCCCGGGAUGCAGGGCGCCGACCCUCGGCUCCUCCAAGAAAGACAGCUGCAACAUCGCAUGCAGCUGGCCAAACUCCAGCAGCAACAGGCGAUGAUGGGCCAGCACCCAAUGGCACACCCAGGCCCACAGCCCGGGGUCAUGCCCCAUCCAGGGCAGCAGCCCGGCAUGAUGCCACAGGCACAACCUGGGAUCAUGGGGAACCAGCUCAUGGCUCAACAGCAGCCAAACAUUCAACAAGGGAUGCCAGUGGACCAGGCCAACCAGCAGGGCAUGGUGCCAGUUCCCCAGGGAAUGGUUGGGGGCCAGCCAGUCCCCCAGCUGCCGCCGAACAUGGUGCCCAUGAAUCAGCCUCCGGGCAUGAUGUCAGCUCAGCCUGGGAUCAUGGUGACUCAGCCCGACGGCCCAUCUCAGCAGCAGCAGAGACCUCAGUUAAUGAUGGGUCCGCAAGGAAUGGUUGUGGCUCCCGGUCACCCUGGCAUCAGGGGUCCACAGGCCCAGCUUACUCUGCAACAGCAAAACAUCUUAGCCCAGCGAAUGAUAUCUCAGCAGCAGAUGCAGCAGCAGCAACAGAUGGCACACCGACAGCAGUCCCAAGGCCUCAUCAAUCAACCCAACCAAGACCAGAGGACCUCCCAACCUUCAACGCCGCAAAUGUGCUCCUCCCCUUCUGCAGGGAGCAUCACUCCCCAGCAACAGGGCGGUACAGAGGGACUGCAGCAGGCCUUCCAACCAGACCCACAGAACCCAGGCCUUAAAGAAAGAGCAAUGCUCACCCCAGCUCCCAGGACCCCAUUACAGCAGAGUGGGCCUCCGACUGCCAGUCCCAUGGUUCAACAAGGAUCUACAGGGGAGCAACAUAUGGAAUUGGCACAGCAGCAACAACAGCAGCAGCAAAAUCCAUCUUACACACUUCAGAACCAACCCGCCGGCAUGGCUCCUCAUGGUCCACCCCAGUCUGCUCUGGUCAACAUCAAGCAGGAGCGGCAGCAGAUGGAUGUCUCAACUUCACAGCAGCAACAACAACAUGCGGUUCAGAAUGUCCCGCAGCAGUCCCAAGAUCCCGGCACCCUGCAGCAUGACGGAAUUGGCCCGGUCCAGAAUGUCAUGGGCCAGAACCCGGGUCCGAUGCAGCCGCAGCCGGCCCUGAUGGGUCAUCCCAGCCCCCAGCAGCAGGCCCUCAUGGCGCAGCAGCAGAAGCAACAGGCCAUGAUGGGCAUGAUGAGGGCACAGCAGCCGGGCAUGAUGGUCCAGAGGCCGGGCGCGCCCCCGGGCCAGAUCCGCAUGCCCAACAUCAACAUCCAGGCCAUCAUCGCUCAGAAUCCCCAGCUCCGCAACCUCCCCCCGAACCAGCAGAUCCAACACAUCCACGCCAUGAUCGCCCAGCGCCAGCAGCAGCAGCAGGGCCAGAUGAUGAGGAUGUCCAUGGCCCAGGGCCAGCCGGGUCAGAUGAGGCCUCAGAUGGCGCCGGGCCAGCUCCACCAGGGGGACCAGCGGAUGGCGGGUCCCGACGGACAGCCCAUGCAGUUUGCUGCCGUGGGUAAACCCGGAGCGGUGGGUCCUCCCCAGCCGGGUGCGUUGGGACAGCAGCCCGGGAUGCCCUCUCAGAUCCUGCAGGGGAUGAUGGUCCCGGGGCAGCCGCCGCAGCAAGUGGGGCAGAUGAUGCAGCAGAUGAGCCGGGGUCAGAUGCCGAUGGUGCGGUUGCCGAUGGACCCCAGUCGUAUGGUGAGGCCCAUGUCUCCGCACCAAUCCCUCCCCAGCUCCCCUGGGGACCCCCAGCGCCACGCCAUGGCUCAGGCGCUGGGCAUGUGUCCGCCCACUCCCAACCAUCAACAGCAGCAAGCGCACAUGGUCGCGGCGGCGGGCCGAAUGCCGGGUUCCCCGUCCCAAGCGGGGUCUCCAAGAGGACCCUCCUUCACGAGGAUGGACAGCAGUCCCGCCACCCCCGGGACGCCGCACUCCACACACGUUCCUUCCCCGUCGCAAGCCGAGGGUGGCGCCGGCAGAGGGAGUCCGUACAACCAGGUCAGGGCGUCCCCGCUCCGGUCCCCCGGCGCCAAGAGCCCCCAUCACUACCCAGGGCUGAAGGCAGAGCCGCACUCCUCCGCUAAUGACGCGUCCCAGACCCCCUCGGUGCCCCUCAACGGGCCGCAGCAGGAGGAGCGUCUUCAGCAGCAUCUCCCGCAAAAGGCCUCGGCGGGCCACGGCCCUCAGCCCGGCUCCAGGGAGGGGGCCCUGUGCCGGAUGACUCUCCAGAACAUCAAGCAGGAGCCCGGGGAGACGCAGUGUGACAGCGGCUCACCGGCGGGCGCCCACCCCGGGGCGAUAAAGAGGGAGGAGCUCAUGAACUGCGGCCACCCUUCUGGCUUCAUCAACGCAGAGAACAUGGGCGGGGACCCGGGCACGCUGGGCCGAUCGGAAACGGGACAGCAGCUACUCCAGAAGCUCCUGAGGACCAAGAACCACUUGGCGGCCCAGAGGCCCUCCGAGGGGAUCCACAACGAGAUCAACGGCCACAUCAACAGCAAGCUGGCCAUGCUGGAGCAGAAGCUACAGGGAACCCCGCGCAACAUGGAGGACCUGCAGUCCAUCACUAAAAAGACUCCUCUGGCCAAGGCCAAACGUACCAAUAAGCCGGGCGGGGAGCGAGGGCCCAACCCUCGGAAGAAGAACAAGAAAGAGGAUGUUGGAAAGAGUGCUGAGGCCCUGAUGAAACAACUGAAACAGGGCCUCUCUCUACUGCCUCUCAUGGAGCCCUCCAUUACCGCCAGCCUUGACCUGUUCGCGCCCUUCGGCAGCAGCUCGGCCAAUGGCAAAGCCCCCCUCAAAGGCUCUUUUGGAAACGCAGUGUUGGACAACAUCCCCGACUACUACUCACAGCUGCUCACCAAGAGUAACCUCAGCAACCCCCCCACGCCCCCGUCCUCCCUCCCCCCGACGCCCCCACCAUCGGUGCAGCACAAGCUGCCCAACGGGGUCACUGCGGGGGAGGAGCUGGCCGACACUCGGAAGCAGGCCGAGACCACCGAAGACACAAUGGAUCCCGUCAGUCAAGAGGUGAAGAGCGUGGACAUCCUGGCUGCUCUCCCAACUCCACCGCACAACCAGAACGAGGACAUCAGGAUGGAGAGUGACGACGAGGACGCCUCGGAGAGCAUCGUCCAGGCCUCGUCCCCGGAGAGCGCCCUGGGCGACGCCAUGGCCCGCUUCCCCUGUCUCCGGGAGCCCAAAGAGGAGGAGACGGAGCGGGCCAUAUCCCCCAUCAUCCCCCUCAUCCCGCGCAGCGCUAUCCCAGUUUUCCCUGAGAUCAAGCCCUUCGAGGCCACCGACAGCAAGGCCGUCUCCACGUCAAACAACUGGGACAGCUCCAAAAACAACGAGGUCUCCGUCACUUUCAUGCUGUCCUCCGCCGCAGCCAAGAACCUGAACCACAUGAUGGUGGCCAUGGCCCAGCUGCUUCACAUCAGGAUGCCCGGGUCCUACGAGGUGACCUUCCCUCCGACCCCGGGAACACCUGGAGCCGCCGGGCCAGGUAAUGCCCCUGAACAGCCAGGCGACGGCGGUACACACGACGGGCCCUCGGUGAGCCAGGACGACUGGCUGAGGCAGUUUGACGUGACGCUACCAGGGUGCACGCUCAAGAAGCAGGUGGACGUCCUCGCCCUCAUCAAGCAGGAGUUCUCUCAGCAGCAGGACACACCAGCGCAGCACUGCUACACCACCAACGUCAACGACCUGGACGUGCGCCACCUGCCCGUCAUCCCGGUGGAGGAGUCCCCGCCCCCUUCCCCCUCGCCUCCCCCGCCCCCGUCGGAGCCCGCCCCCGUACCGGAGGAGGAGGAGGAGGCGACGGUGGACACCAAGCCGCCCUCCGUCCCCCUCGCCGCGGUUCACAUCAAGACGGAGCCGGAGCCGGAGGCCGUGGCCCCGCCCGCCGACUCAGCUGAGAGGCCUGAGUCUGAGGGUCCUGAGGCCGCCGAGGCUUCGUCCGCCGGCGACGCACCCGCUGACCCUGCUGACCCCCCGGCCCCCGACCCCGCCGCUCCCAGGGAAGACCCCCCGGCACCGAAAGAGGAGCCCACCGGCCCCGAAGAGCCCGCCCAGACCGCCGGCAUCUCGCCCGAGCACGCCAUGGAGGUGGAGCCGGCCAAGCCGCCGGCGAAGCAGCAGCAGCGGCGGCCCUACUCCCCGGACGAGGCGGCGGUGCAGCCGCGGCCCAAGAAGUGGAAGGGCGUGCGCUGGAAGCGGCUCCAGCUCGUCAUCACCAUCCGCAAGGGCGGCUCCAAGAAGGAGAACCACCGCGAGGUGUCGGAGCUCAUGGAGCGGCUGCGCGUGGCGCUGCGGCCCGACCGGCUGCCGCGGGACAAGCGCAAGUGCUGCUUCUGCCACGAGGAGGGCGACGGCGCCACCGACGGCCCGGCGCGCCUCCUCAACAUCGACGUGGACCUCUGGGUGCACCUCAACUGCGCGCUGUGGUCCACGGAGGUGUACGAGACGCAGGGCGGCGCCCUCAUCAACGUGGAGGUGGCGCUGCGCCGGGGCCUGCGCACGCUCUGCGCCUACUGCCAGAAGACGGGCGCCACCAGCAGCUGCAACCGGCUGCGCUGCCCCAACGUCUACCACUUCGCCUGCGCCGCGCGCGCCCGCUGCAUGUUCUUCAAGGACAAGACCAUGCUGUGCACGCAGCACAAGCUGAAGGGCCCCAGCGAGGAGGAGCUGGGCAGCUUCUCGGUGUACCGCCGCGUCUACAUCGAGCGCGACGAGGUCAAGCAGAUCGCCAGCAUCCUGCAGCGCGGCGACCGCUUCCACCUGUUCCGCGUGGGCGGCCUCAUCUUCCACUCGGUGGGCCAGCUGCUGCCCUCCCAGAUGGCCAGCUUCCACUCGCCCACCGCCAUCUUCCCCGUGGGCUACGAGGCCACGCGCAUCUACUGGAGCACGCGCGUGCCCAACAAGCGCUGCCGCUACCGCUGCCGCGUCAACGAGCAGGACAGCCGGCCCUUCUUCGAGGUGCGCGUGCUGGAGCACGGCAUGGAGGACCUGCACUACAGCGACACCACGCCCGAGGGCAUCUGGGACCGAGUGGUUCAGCAGGUGGCCAAGCUGCGGGACGAGUCGGCCAUGCUGAAGCUGUUCGCCGACCGGGUGAAGGGAGAGGAGAUGUACGGCCUCACCAUCCACGCUGUCAUGCGCAUCACUGAGUCGCUGCCCGGAGUGGAGAACUGCCAGAACUACCAGUUCCGCUACGGCCGCCACCCUCUCAUGGAGCUCCCUCUCAUGAUCAACCCGAGUGGCUGCGCCCGCUCAGAAGCCAAGGUCCCCACCCACUGCAAGAGGCCGCACACACUCAACAGCACCAGCAUGUCCAAGGCCUACCAGAGCACCUUCACAGGCGAGACCAACACGCCCUACAGCAAGCAGUUCGUCCACUCCAAGUCGUCCCAGUACCGCCGGCUGAAGACAGAGUGGAAGAACAACGUGUACCUGGCCCGCUCGCGCAUCCAGGGCCUGGGGCUGUACGCCGCCAAGGACCUGGAGAAGCACACCAUGGUCAUCGAGUACAUCGGCACGGUGAUCCGCAACGAGGUGGCCAACCGGCGGGAGAAGAUCUACGAGGAGCAGAACCGUGGCAUCUACAUGUUCCGCAUCAACAACGAGCAAGUGAUCGACGCCACGCUGACCGGCGGACCGGCACGCUACGCAAAUCACUCGUGUGCACCCAACUGCGUGGCAGAGGUUGUGACCUUUGACCGAGAGGACAAGAUCAUCAUCAUCUCCAGUCGCCGGAUCCCCAAAGGAGAAGAGUUGACCUACGACUAUCAGUUCGACUUCGAAGACGAUCAGCACAAGAUCCCCUGCCAUUGCGGAGCCUGGAAUUGCCGAAAGUGGAUGAAUUGACGGGGGAGGAGCGAGACGAAGAUAGAGGGAGAGCAGUGCACUCUCAUUGGUGCCAGGACACUGCUGCGCCAAAGCCUUGGAAUAGCCAGAGCAUAAGCUGUUGUGAGAGACAUGGUGGUACCCAAGUGUUGACACUCGUAGCCAAAGGUUUGGAAAG